UUUUCCCUUUCUCGGUAGGGGAACUAACCCCCCCCCCAAAACAAAAAAAACUUCCCUUUUGCACAUUCCAGCUUGCGAUCAUAAUCGCGCAAGGCGUGUUACCCGGGGACUUCCUGCCCGCCUCCCCUCGUGGAAAUCCUUGCCAAGGAGAGCUGGAAAGGGGCACUGGAUACCACCAGAAGUAAAAAUGGAGGACCAGGACCUUGAAGAGCCUGAAACAAGCUUGAUGCCUGAGGCCGGAGGAAGGGACCUGCAUGUUGUCCAGGUUGAAGAGCUUUCAAGAAGGCUGCCUCCAUUCCCAAUAAAGGAGGAACUGGAGGACGGAUACUGUGAAACCCAGUGGCAAGACUUCAUGCAGCUGGCACAACCCCCUCACACAGAACAUGUUGACCCAUGCUUGCUUGAUCCUGAAUCUGGAGAGCGCCCUGGGGAUCUGCUCAUUCUGUCUGCGAAUGGAGUGACAGACACCACUCAGUCGCCUCGGAGCGAGCUUACAAAGCGAACCCUGCCAAAGGUCUGUGAGCAUCACCUGGAUUCUCCCGCAAAAGUGAAAGAAGAGAGUCCAGACCUUGGCAGCUUGGAGGCACGCUGCCACCACUUCAGGCACUUCUGCUACCGAGAAGCCGAAGGACCCAUGGCACUGUGGAGGCAUCUCCAGGAGCUUUGCCACCAGUGGCUGAGGCCAGAGGAGCAUACCAAGGAGCAGAUCCUGGAGCUGGUGAUCCUGGAGCAGUUCCUGGCCAUCCUGCCCCCAGAGAUGCAGAUCUGGGUUCAAGGACAUGGCCCAGAGACUUGUGCCCAGGCGGUGAUUCUGGCAGAGGAUUUCCUGCUUGGGUCGCAGGAGCCUGAGGAGCAGAAGCAGCAGGUUAACCUGAUGCUUGAAGAGGCGGUUGCUAGCUCACCAGAGGCAGAGGAGGAGCCAAUAGCACAACUUAACACAGGGGGACUGUGGAGAGGCAAAACUCAGGCGCGGCCUGAAGCGAAAAGGAAGGUGCAGGACCAAGGACAAGCCGAAUCGGGAGAGAAUUUGGCAGCGCAAGAAGGAGACCUGCACGUGGUCCAGGUGGAGACCACAGGGGAGUUCCUGGAAGGGGCAGCAGCAUUGCACCGUGUUAAGCUGGAGCCUGAGGAGGGACUGCGAGGGCGCUGGGAAGCCCAGUCGCAGGACCUCCUUAGGACAAUGCAGUCCCCUCCCUCAGGGUGGAGGAACCCACAGACCCCUCUUGCCUCGGGGAAGCCUGCAGAGGAGGACAGCAGGGUCCUCUCAACGAUGGGAAGGAGUGAUGUCAGCCAAUGUCCCAAAGGACUGUGGGUCACCCAAAGGCAGACAGGCCUGAGCAGAGAAGCUGACGACGCAGACUCCUCUGAGAAAGCAGAAGAGGAGGUGCUUCUUGACGAGGACGCAGUCAGCGUGGAGGCGCUGCGCCAGCGUUUCCGGCAGUUCCGCCGUCGGCAAGCCGAGAGGCCCCGAGACGUUUGCAAGCGGCUCUGGGAGGUUUGCCACCAGUGGCUGAAGCCGGAGAAGCACUCGAAGGAGCAGAUCUUGGAUAUGCUGAUCCUGGAGCAGUUUCUGAGCGUCCUCCCUGUAGAGAUGGAGAGCUGGGUGAGGGAACGCCAUCCAGAGACUUGUGCCCAGGCGGUGGCCCUGGCGGAGGUCUUCCUCCUGAGGCCGCAGAAGCCAAAGAGCCAGGAGCCAGAGGUGCUGCUCCCAUCAGAGGAUGAGUUGAAUUCUCUGAAGUCAUCCAGAGCCCCUUCAGAUUCCCCAAAGAUGAUGCAGCGGCUCCCCCUGGAGGCCAAAACAGAGGAUGAAGUGGACAUCAGCUUAUUAAAUCAGUACAUACAGAUGAACGUAUGCUUCAACGUGGAAACUCGAGAACUGCGGAAGAGGCUCCUAGCCAGGCAGCGGCAGAGACGCCACAGAGCACGGCAGACCCCAGAGCAGCGUCUGCAGCGUCGGCGCCUCGAAGCCGAAAGGAAUGCGCGGCGCCGGGCUACUGAAACCCCCGAACAAGCGGCGGUUCGCAGGCAAAAGGAUGCACAGAGGAAGUUGCAAAAAAGGAAGUGUCCCCUUGAUGCCCAUCCUUUGGCUGUUCUUCAGACAGACUCUUGUGAGACCUUGGUGGGGGCAGAAGAUUCCAUGAUCACCCCCAACGUCCUUGCCACUGGAGAAGCCGGUGAAGUGGUUGAAAACAGCUGUGGUUCCCCGGCCCUUUCCACUUUUGGCGUUGUACCAAAUAUUUAUCUGGAUGAACAGGGCUAGAGGAAUCCCAGGCACUGGGUCGCCGGGGCACAGAGAUAUUUGAAAUACUUUUCUAGCUCUGUUGGAGAAUGUAUACACUCAGCCAUAAGAAAAGUUAAUGUUUGAUUGUGUAGGAGGGAUAUCAGUUCUAGCGUUUCGUCGUGUUUUAACUGUGUUUAAUUUAUCUGUGUUUUAAUUUAUCUUUUGGAGUCUGUUACUUGCCCAAGAGCUGACAUGAAAUACACAUGCAUAAUAAAAAGUUAAUUUUUAUUUAUUA